GGCCAGUAGCAGCCAGCAGGUUCGAUUCGACUUCGUCAGCCGACAGUUGUCGAACGCGUAUUCACCGUAUUCGUGUUGUCGUUCGUGAAUAAGUUUCUCAAUUUUCAUGCUCUUUUCAAAAAAUGAGCCCUGAUUCGAGGGUGAAGGCCGUUGGUAUUUCCGCCGAAUUUUAACACGAUCGGAGACGGCCGUCCGUCGCGGGUCCUAUUCGUCUGAAAUAUGAUCCUGCUCUUCAUAAACGUGAACGACGAGGAGUACUCACCUACACUCUUCGCUACUAGAAUAUUCCAAUACAGACGAUUAGAAUGUAUAUGAUCAUAGGGAUUGUAAAAUAGGCAUAAAUUAUUUACAUGUUUUAUUCAAUAUGAAAGACGGGCAUGUUUUGUUAGCGUUAAAUAACGAACAGAGCUUUAUCUCCUCCAGGAGGAGGUGGACGAGGGUAUGGAACAGAUUGUCGAAGCUGCAACGCAACAUCCUCAGAGCUACGUUGUUCGUCUUACUUCUUACCGUGGUGUACAUCUGUGUCGUGACAUGGAGCGACGACGGACAAUCCGCCGCCGCUGCUGGGGCCAGACUGCACAAGUACGAACACUUAUUUGACCGUGGCUCAGACGACGUUCCUCCCAGAUUUCAAAGAUUGCAGCCACAUCCUGAACCAGCACCAGUGGAAGUUGAGGCGCCCGUGGUGGACCAAGUAGAUAUUGUCAACGAUGAUAAAUCGAAAGAAAAUAAGAUGAAUGAUGAGAUCAUCCCUCCAGUUCCGACUCUCAAGACCGAGCGGUCUUUCAACAUAUCUAGUGAGACAAACAAAAGGCAAAAGGCUGUGAUAGACGCAUUUCUCCAUGCGUGGAAUGGGUACAAGAAGUACGCGUGGGGGCACGAUCAUUUAAAGCCCAUAUCACACAAACCACAUGACUGGUUUAAACUUGGCUUGAGCAUCGUCGACUCGCUCGACACCAUGUAUUUAAUGAAUCUAAAAGAAGAAUUGGCUGAAGCACGUAAUUGGGUUGAGAAUGAUAUGAAUAUGAAUGAAUUCAAUGAUGUCAACCUGUUCGAGGUGACGAUAAGAGUGCUUGGAGGACUUCUGAGUGCAUAUCACUUGACAGGAGACAAUCUUUACUUAAUCAAGGCGAAAGACUUAGGUGAGAGGCUUCUUCCCUGUUUCACAAAGUCGCCGUCGCCCAUUCCGUUCUCAGAUGUCAACCUGGCCUCCCACAAUGCACAUUCGCCGCGCUGGGGGCCGGACAGCUCGACAUCAGAAGUUACCACUCUCCAGCUGGAAUUCAGGGAUCUGAGUCGGGCCACAAACGAUGAUAAAUUUGAGAAAGCUGCAAGUCGUGUCUCGAUGCACGUUCAUACUCUCCCCAAGACUGAAGGGUUAGUUCCUAUUUUCAUCAACCCCAGGACAGGAUUGUUUCCAAACUACGCCGACAUUAAAUUAGGCGCGAGAGGUGAUUCCUACUAUGAGUACCUUGUCAAACAGUGGAUUCAGACUGGGAAAACUAUUGAUUACUUAAGGAAUGAUUACAUCCAGGCCAUUAAUGGAAUUAACAAACUUUUAGUGAGAAGAACACCGAAGAGCAAUUUACUCUUCAUCGGAGAGUUGAAAGCAGGCUCUAGAGAGUUUGUACCAAAAAUGGACCAUCUAGUCUGCUAUUUGCCUGGUACUUUGGCUCUGGGUUACCACCAUGGCCUACCAGAAGCACAUUUACAGCUUGCACAAGAGUUGUUGUACACUUGUUAUAGGACAUACGCUGACCGACCAACAUUCCUAGCUCCAGAGAUUACAUUUUUUAUCCUACAAGAGGAAAGUAAGCAUGAUAUGUUUGUAAAAUCGAGCGAUGCUCACAACCUGCUGAGGCCUGAAUUUAUCGAGAGCCUGUGGUACAUGUAUCAAGUCACUGGCAAUAAAACAUUCCAAGAUUGGGGUUGGAAAAUAUUUCAGUCUUUUGAAAAAUAUACAAAGGUUGAAGGGGGAUACACAUCAAUCGGUAACGUGAACGAUGUGAAUGAAACAAGACCAAAGGACAUGAUGGAGUCUUUUUUUCUUAGUGAGACUUUAAAGUACUUAUUCUUGCUUUUCUCCGACAACAGGCGAUUACUAGAUAUUGACAAGUUUGUUGUUAAUUCCGAAGGGCAUCCCCUGCCGAUAUACGACAGCUAGAAAUAUAUGGGAUAUCAGUUUAUAUUUUUUAAUAAAAAUUCCAACACCAAAGUUUAUAUAACGUCCAAUUACAAUUUAUUGAUCUGUUGUUAAUUUUUUGUCUUUGAAAUUUCUAGUUUAAACAAUUAUAUUGAUUU